CCCGGUCGCACCAAUCCCACUGUGAAGCUCUUUGUCGUCAGCCUGACGGACCUUGAAAACGGCGGUGAAGCGGUGAGCAGUAGUCCCGUCUCGCCGCCGGCCAAUCUCACCGAAAGCGACUACUACCUCACCUCGGUGGCCUGGUUCGACUCGAGCAGCUUCAUCGCCGUCUGGUUCAAUCGCGUCCAGAACUACUCCACCUACUCGCUGUGCAGCCCGCAGGGCGCCGGCACCAGCGGCGGCAACUGGAGCUGCGAAGACAACCACGUCUACUCCGUCAGCGACGGCUGGAUCGAGAUUGGCAAAGUGUACGUCGGCCCUGACGGCGAGCACUACUACACACUGCUGCCUGACGAGACCCGAGAGCGAAACGUCCAGAUAGUGAAGAUCAACCGCAAGUCCUUGCAGACGGAGUACGUCACCUCGGGCCGGAAGGACGUCACCGACAUUCUGCGCAUCCUACCCUCUGGAAGUGAUCGGACGACCAUCCACUACAUGGCCACCAGGGAGGGGGCCCCCGGCCAACGGCACUACUACAGCGUCGAAGUAGCCACUAGUCGAAAGUCUUUCUUCGGCUCCAACAAACAGCAACAUCAGCAGGCAAAACCUCCUGCCUACAGCGGAUGGCCCAAAGAGGGAAUGGGUAGAAAUUCGGCGGGCUCUUCCAGCUCCUCCUCUAGCGUCUCCUUCAGCGAGCAGUGCCACACCUGUGAUCAACUCGAGCUUAAGCAGUGUCUGUACAAUCGCGUGCAGCUGAGCAGGGCGGCCUCGUACUACGUGCACGAGUGCCUCGGCCCGGGCAUUCCCUACUCGACGCUGGUGGAACGGGAGAGUGAGGCCGACCAGCAAACGAGCACCAGCCGGCGACCCUGGCUCAACAAUGACCAACUGGCGGCCAGUCUGGCCACCAAGCUGAUGCCCACGGUGCGCACUGAGGUCUUCAACACCACCGAGGGAUACUCCCUUAUUGUGCAGAUGUUCAUGCCGCCCUCAUUUGAUGAGAAUCAAAUCGUCAAGUACCCACUGCUCAUUCAAGUCUACGGCGGCCCCGGCUCGCAGAACGUCAAUGAGAACUUCAAGAUGAACUUCGGCAAGUACCUCGCCAGCGCCAAGGACAUCAUCUACGCGUACGUGGACGGCCGCGGCAGCGGCUACCAGGGCGAGGCGCUCAAGUACCAGCUGUACCACAAGCUGGGCAGUGCGGAGAUCGAGGACCAGAUUCUGGCCGCCAAGUACCUCCGCGAGACGCACAAGUGGAUCAACAAGGACGCCAUCGGCAUCUGGGGCUGGAGCUACGGCGGCUACGCGACGGCGAUGAUCCUCGCCAAGGACACCGACGACCCCGUCUUCUCCUGCGGCAUCUCAGUGGCGCCCGUCACCUCCUGGCUCCUCUACGACUCGGCGUACACGGAGCGGUACAUGGGCCUGCCGGUGCCGGAGAAGAACCAACAGAGCUACUUCAAGUCCGAUGUGAUGCACCUCGCCAACAACUUCAAGGGCAAGAAGUACCUGCUCAUUCACGGAACGGCCGACGACAACGUGCACGUGCAGAACUCGAUGGCGCUGAUCAAGGCGCUGAAUCACGCCAAUGUGAUGUUCCAGACGCAGAUCUACCCGGACGAGAAUCACGCCCUGCCCGGCGUCAGCCUCCACCUCUACACCAAGAUGGAGGCCUUCUGGA